AUGGGUCCUUUGUGGGUUUUGGCCUUUGCUGCUGCUGCCCUCUGGAUUCCCUGCGGAGCAUUUGGCUCCGAGGACUCGGCGCAGCAGCAGCUGCAGCGCGUGGGCGGGGGCGUGGAAGGGGGCCCUUUGUUUGACUUUGCGGAGGACUUUUUCAGCCAAGUCCCUGCAGGUUCUCUGCCUCGAGAACUGCCCACGAACAACGAAGUGGGAAAGCCCGUGCCGGCCAUGACGCGCCCCGCCGCCCCCGUGUCUGGCCCCUCCCCCACCCUCACCCUCACCCUCACCUUCACCUUCACCUUCACCUUCGCCGCUGCCGCUGCUGCUGCUGCUGCUGCUGCUGCUGCUGCUGCUGCUGCUGCUGCUGCUGCAGCGGGCCCCGAGGAGCUGAACGCGACGCUGGGGAUCCUCUACGGGUCCUACUGCGAGCGGCUGAAGCGCGACGGCGUGUGGCGGCAGCAGUUCCUGCUGCUGUUCCUCAGCGCGCUCUACUGGCCGAUGUACACGCGGGCGAAGCACUGGCGGCCGCCGCUGACUUCGAACUUCUUCAAGAUCGUUUUGGCGAAGUCGGUGGCGCUCAACGAGCUCGACGGGCCCAACCAGCGCACGCGCCGCUUCGUCAACAGGGCCAGGCACUGCGGCUUCCAGGCCAUCAUCGAGGAGGGCGUGGUGGUGGAGGUGGUGCUGCUGGUGGGGGGUGCGGUGCUGCAGCUGCCGCGGCUGGUGGAGGUGACGGACUACGAGAGCUUCAACGCGCUGGUGAAGCGCGCGAAGAAGGCGGACCCGCACUUGGCGGAAAUGCUGAAGUUCAUUCCGGACUUGAAGUGGAGCCUCGACGACAGCACCACCACCAUUGGCUACGUCUACCACCAGAUCUCCGAACUCCACGUCCUCUACUCCUACUCCAACAACACCCCAGGUUCCGGGGUGUACGCACACCCAGCUGCAGUCGCGUGCGCAGCGCCUGGGGCGCACGUGCACGCACUGCGAAUGUGCCCCGCGCCUGAGCGGUUCGCGGCGAGUGCGCGGACUUGUGUGGACUUGGGCGAGGCCAGCCCUCUGUGCGGUGCGCUGAGUGCAGUUCUCUCGGUGUGGAACUGGAUGAGCAUUUGGGAGCGGAGCUUCCGGCAGGAGCAGCGGUCGGCGACGAGCUCGGUGAUGCUGCUGGCGCUGACGAACUCGGAAGUGACGGACCGGCCCAUGGGGGGCAUUCUGGUGCUGAAGCUGAGCCGGCUGGUGGCGGGCGACCUGCUGCAGCAGCUGCGGGGCAAAAGCGAAGACGACCCGUCGCUGGAGGAGGAGCUGGGCCGCUUCGAGAAGGCCCUCAAGGAGGCCAUCCUGGAGAGCGUGCGCCAAGUGCUGAUCCGCAUGGCGCUGCUGAUCGAGUCCAACUGGCUCUGCUCCGAAGAGCUGCUGAAGGCGCAGUUCCCCGACGUGCUGGUCACGGCCUACCGGGCGCGCGGCAGCGGCGGCCCCGCUGCAGUGGUGGAGCGCGGCGAGUUCGGAAGUGAAAUAUCUGAGGGGGUGGUGUUGGUGCUCAACCAGAACUUGCACGCCAACGAGAUGUACGUACAGCUCAGCGUCGCGGACCCCAUCACGCCCCAGAAACCCUCUUCCGGCUUCAUCUCCGCGCUCAAGGCCGCCAGCAUGUUCAAACAAAGACUCGAAGACGACCCUUCGCUCCCCGGAGUCGGACUUGCCGAAGUUGUCUACUCCACCUUCAACGACCUCCAGUACGCCGAAGUCGCCGGGGGCAGCGGCGCCCGCUUCGACCCCGACUUGCACUUGCUGCUCCAGGUGCCGUCGGAACACUUCAAAGACGCGGCCGCCUUCCACGACCUCUUCAUGGGGGCCAUUCUGGUGCAGCCGCUGACGUUCGCGGCCCCGCGGCACGUGCGCCCCGACCGCGUGCGGGUGAUGGGCUACGCGGUGAAGGCCGCGGGGGCCGCGCGGCCCAUCCGCAUGGGCAAGUUCGGGGGCGGGCUGGCCUACAGCGAGCAGGCGCUGGUGGACCGGCUGAUUCACCGGCACGGCUUUCUGGUGCACGUGCUGCUGCUGGGGCUGCGGGGCGACUUCGCCCGCAGGGACUCCGAGGCCACCGCGGAGGAGAUCUACAAGCGCUUCCGCAGCAGGACCCGCGGCACCAUCAACGUCGUCUUCAUCGAGCCCAUCAAGCCCCCCGAGGUGACUUCCACGACGGACUACAUUCAAAGAGAGGAGGGAUAUCCAGGCUGGGUCAUCGGAGUGGCAGUGGGGUCCGUGACUGUUUUCUUUUUGGGACUUCUGGGGUGUUUGAUUCUGCGCAAACACGUGAGCAUGCCCUGGUGGAUCGACUGCUUCUGCAGCCCCUCCCCGCCCUCCUUCCAGACCAGACCGGACCAGACCAGUGGUCACGGCGGGGGGGACUUGAGCCGCUCUUCGUCCUUCCGACCCUCCGUCGAGACUGGAGACAGUCCCUACUUCGAGUCCGACGAGGUGAAGCCCUCCAAGCGCCUGGGGGCCCCCGUGGGGGCCCCCCUCAGGGGGGCCCCCCCCGACGUCAACGUGGGCUGGGAAACUGGGAACCUGUCCACUUUGGAGUUCGCCCGAUCCAAACGCAUGGAGUCCAAGCGCUCGGGCAAACCCCCCACCACUCAACUCAACUCCAUUCCCGAGUUCAUUGCCGAGGCCAAAAUGCCCAACGGCUGGGCCGCCGAAGCUGCACCCAACAGGCAAUCCCACAACCGCUAG